AUGCACCAGCAGUCUCAACUCUGGGUAAUGCAGUUAAGGGCCCAGGAGCUGCUGUGCGAGUGGCCCAUGAGUGUCAACACAGGCUGUAUAGUGUCAGGAGUGGACGUGGUGGUGAUGGCUCAUGGCCCCGGUCCAGCCCUGAUGCAGCCAGCCGCAGGCCCCCCGGAAAGCAGCACCCCGGUGGAAUCGGAGCCGAGCCAGUGGGUGUGUAAAGUGUGUUCCCCCCCCUUCCUGGAGCUGCAGCUCCUGAAUGAGCAUCUGUUGGGUCACUUGGAACAAACCAAAAGCCUCCCCCCGGCCGGCCAGCAGGAAGGGGCUCCCGAGAAGGAACCUGACGGGUCUCAGGGGGAGCCUCCCGCAGUCCCCAAGAGCGUCAGUGCCGCCAAAGAGCAGAAGAAAAAGCCUCGAAGGGGGAGAAAACCCAAAGCCUCGAAACCAGAACAGAAACCAGAACAGCCCCUGGUCAUCAUUGAAGACAAGGAGCCCGCAGAGCAAGUGGCCGAGAUCAUCACCGAGGUGCCACCGGACGAGCCCGUGCCUGCGGCGCCGGACGAGCACAUCAUGGAGCUGGUCUUGGGGAAGCUGGCCACCACCACCACCACCAGCGAGGCCGCUUCAGUGCCCAAGUUCCCGCAUCAUCAGAGCGGCAGCAUCACCCUCAAGAGGAGUCUGAUUCUCUCCACCCGGCACGGCAUCCGGCGGAAGCUGGUCCGGCAGCUGGGGGAGCACCGGCGGGUGUACCAGUGCGGCACCUGCAGCAAGGUCUUCCAGAACAGCAGCAACCUGAGCCGGCACGUGCGCUCGCACGGUGAGUCCCAGCCUCUCCUGUGGCGGCGUGGCCCAGGGGCUGCCCGCCCCGCGUGGAGGGCCAGGACGCGCAUGUCUCUGGUCGUGCUACAGUCGUGGAUCAGCUUGUUCUUGUUGGCGUCGUAG